CCCAUUUCCCCUUUCCUGAGAAAGCAAAAGAAACCCUAAUCCACAAUUUUCUGGCGUUUUUACUUUUUAAAUUGAACUCACCAUCCUCAGCCCGAGCUCCAUUCUCCGGGGACUUCAAAUUUACGAUCUCGUACAGUCUAUAGCACGCGCCUAAUUUCACGUGCAGGAUGGUCGGGGAAGAGAAGAGGCAUCAAAUGAUGCAGAAUUUGUUCGGCGACCAGUCGGAAGAAGAGGAAGAGGAGGUCGAAUCCGAACACGAGUCCAAUCGUCGGCCUGAUUAUGCUUCCGUUGUUUAUGGUGAUGAGAUAUGCUUCUACACAAAAUUUUUGAAACGUACUGGAUCCACUGGGUUUAUGAUCCCGUUCAUAUUUGAUGACGGGGAUGGAGCACCAGAACCAGAAGAUGAAGGUGAGGGAGAAGUAGCAAUUGAAGAUGAGGGUGAACCUCAGGACCUGCAUCAUAUACAUGGGGAGAGUGAGGGUGAGAGAGAUCACAGUCCUCAAGAAGUUGAAUUUGGGGAUCAGAAGGAAGAAAGCGAAGGAAGGUACUUGGAAAGUGAUGAAGAGGAGCAUGAACGAGUUGUAACAAGCAGAGGGCAUGAUGAAGCUAUCAGUGAAUCAGAAGGUUCUGGGGAGAGCCGUUAUGCUGCUGAUGAGAAUGACGAAGUUAAUCAUGCUAGGAGUCCCAGUAAAUCUCCUGCCCAAGAAAAUGAUGAAGAUCAAUAUUUGAACUCAGCUCCAGAGAUUCGUGAUGUUUUUGGGGAUUCUGAGGAUGAAGAACAGGCUGCAUAUGAAACUCAUAAUGAGAUUGAAGAAGAUGAAAAUCAAUCACCCAUCAAUGAAGACAUGAAUUAUGAGAAAGAACUGAGGCCGGAGGAUAUUAUUCCUGAUGAAGAUGCUCCAUAUUACUCUGAAGAAGAUCAGACAAUGGCUAAGCCUAAGGAGAAGCCAGUUGGUCCCCCAUUGGAGUUGGAAGUACCGCUGCAGCCACCUCCAGCUGAAUCUGAAAAGAUGAACAUGAUCAAAGUUUCUAAUAUAAUGGGCAUAGAUCCUAAACCUUUCGACCCCCACAAGUAUGUGGAUAAGGAUGUUUAUGUGACUGACGAAUCUGGAUCAAAAAAGCGAAUACGGCUGGACAACAAUGUUGUUAGGUGGAGGAAGGUCAAAAACCCAAAUGGCACAACAUCUAUUCAGAGCAAUGCUCGCUUCGUGGAGUGGUCAGAUGGAAGCCUGCAGUUACUUAUCGGAAAUGAAGUGCUUGAUAUAUCUAAGCAAGAUGCUCAACAUGAACAAACACACCUUUUUUUAAGUCAUGGCAAGGUGAGGCUUUUGUUGUACUUGCUGUACAGCGCCAUCCUUACAAUGACCGGUAUUCUCCAAUCCCAGGGGCGGAUUUUAACGAAAAUGAGGUUUAUGCCCUCCUCGUUGCUCUCAAAUUCUCAUCGUUUGCUAACUGCCCUUGUUGACUCGCGUCACAAAAAGGUUUACAAAGUCAAGAACUGCAUCACUGAGAUCGACCCUGAAAUGGAGAAAGAUAAAAGAGAGAAGGCUGUUAAUCAAUCAAUUAAAGCUAAUGAACUUCUUAGCCGUAAGAAGGAGAAGGUAAAUCGUAAGUAUACGCAACCCAUCCGCCGGGAGCGUCAGCUUUCGCCUGGUUUUCUAGAGGAUGCUCUUGACGAGGGACAUGGCCCUAAAGAUGUCCAUCGCAAGGUAUCCCAUCCGGCACCUAAAUCAUCACGACGGCCCGUAGAAUUCUCAGAAAGUGAGAAGGAGGAAUCCGAGUAUGAAACUGAAGGGGAAGAAGAUGAGGGUUCCCCACCACAUCGGGGUGCUGAGGAAGCUGAAGAAGAUUACGCUGAAGAAGAUGAAGAACAUGAACGAGGGGAAGAGAAAGAGACCUAUGCAGAAACAGAUGAAGAGGCUGAGGAACCCAAGCAGAGUGCCAGAGAUUCGCGAGGCAGCCUCAAAAGGAAGAACAUUGAGUCAGAUGAGGACUCUCCUCCAAGGAAAGUUACAACUCAUCGGCGGAUGAAAAUGGUUUACGAGAGUGACGAUGAAUAAGACAAGGUUGUUACUGUACGAGGAAGAAAAUCUGUAGCUGGCCAUUAAAGUUGAUGUGCGGGAAGAAACCUUUUGAAGCAAAAACCGAAGAGCAGGUGUAAGAUCCCCAGCUGGCCAUGCUAAACCUAAAAGCUGCGCAAGCCCCAUCCAUGUAUACAUCAUAUAUUGUUAUUAUCUUAUUUUAUUUCAUUUUAUAAUUUUGAAAAAAAAAAAAAUCUAUUGAUUUCUUUGAUAAUUAAGUUUUGCUUAAAUUCUGCUAUUUAUCAUUCUGCAACCGUUCUCAAUCAAAAUGUGUGUUGGUUCAUGGUAUCAAUUUUCCAUUCUUCACUAGUACUAUUUA